AUGGCAUCUCUACCGCUUCCCCGCCUGGAGUCCCUCGUGGACUAUACUUCCUUUGACCUCACCGUCCGUCCUUACUUGUCACAGCUGCCAUGGCUGCCGGACAGCUUGUACGAAGCUGGUCGCGAUGUGUAUAGCUUGCAGGCUGUUUACCUGGCCACAAACCCUAUGGUCUCUGCGCUUGCAUUCGGUGGAGUCUUGGCUGCGCUUUUCUUCCUAGCAGCUGAGAUUAACCGAAACUAUUCGCAAGUCGACCGGUUUUGGAGCAUUUUGCCUGCGCUGUACAAUGUUCAUUUCGCCGUCUGGGCUCGGUUGUCUGGUAUCCAAACUCAUACCCUGGAUACGAUCGCGGCCAUCAGUGUCCUCUGGAGUGUUCGCCUGACAUUCAACUAUUGGCGCAAAGGAGGAUACUCGAUCGGUUCCGAAGACUACCGCUGGCAGAUUGUGCGUUCCAAGGUGAACAACGCUUUUGUUUUCACAAUCUUCAACCUUGGCUUCAUCGCAUUGGCCCAGUCCCUGCUCCUCCUACUCAUCACUGCCCCAACCUACAUCUUUGUUGUCGCCGCAUACAACCAAGGCCCCGAGACCUUUGGCCUGCCCGACGUGGCAUUCUCCCGCGCCAUUUUUUUCUUCAUUAUUAUUGAAUUCUUUGCCGAUGGUCAGCAAUGGAACUACCAGACUGCCAAGCAGGAGUACCAGACCAGCGCGCGCAUUCCCGAGCCUUACAAGGACCAAUACAGCGCCGAGGAUCUCGAGCGGGGCUUUGUUGUCAGCGGUCUUUGGUCUUGGUCGCGUCACCCAAACUUUGUUGCCGAGCAAGCUGUCUGGCUGACCAUGUACGCUUGGGCCUGCUACCGUACUGAGACUUACUACAGCUGGGCCGGCCUGGGUGUCUUGGGGUAUCUUGCCAUCUUCCAAGGAAGCACUCGCUUGACUGAAGGCAUCAGUGCAGGAAAGUACCCUGAGUACGUUGAUUACCAGGCUCGCGUCGGCAGGUUCCUGCCUCGCUUUUCAGUUAAGGCUAAGAAGACGAAGAAAGCCACCAAAAAGAAUGACUAG